GGAACUUUUUGUGUGGCUGUCGCAAACGGAAGUCUUCCCCGGAGUCCCCCCCCCCCCCCCUCCAAAAAAGUCACACUCACCACUCACCAUGCUCACAUUCACAACUCAGCUCACAAUCACCUAAUUUAAAAAUUCAAAAAAGUGAUUAAGUUAGAUUCAGAUCUAAAGUUAGUCACAUGAUCACACGCACACUCACUCUGACUCAGCAUCACACACAGAAGAAGAGAGCUUACCCCUUACUAAGUUAGUAACUUAGAAUCCGAUGCAAUCAAUCCAUUCCAAAAUUCUUAAUCUGACUUGAAAUUGGUAGGCCUAUAUGACUUAAUUACAUGUAUGAGAGCUAUAGUAUUAGUAUUAUUAGACUCCCUACAGUCUCUUAUCCAAUAUCAUUGCUCAAGUAAGGUAUUUUCUUGAUACAACAAAAAUAAAAUUCAACAUACAUUUAUUUUUAUUGAAAUCAAUGUAAUAUUUUUUAGAAAUCUAUUUUUUAAAGGAAUAAAAUGGUGUAAUUCAAAAGAAAAAUGAUAAGAACGUCUGUACCUUGAAAAUAUAUUCCAAAUCCAAGAUGGCAGCCUCCAUGGUAAAUAAAGUGUUGGCUUCAGGGCGUUACCACGAUGUGUUAUCCAUUCUUAAAGGCCUUCGAAAUGGUGCAGUAUAUGGUGUCAAGAUUCGUGCCCCUCAUGCACUGGUGAUGACAUUUUUGUUCGGAUCUGGAAGUUUACGUGACAAGGUACGAGUCAUUCUCAAAGCAACCUACACUCAUUCCAAGAAUCUUGCAUCGUUUGUCUUCCUCUAUAAAACAAUGCUCGUCAUCAUGAGAAGAAUAGAAGGCAAACAACAGGGGGCGCACUCUCUACUAGCGGGCUUCUUAGGAGGUUAUAUCAUUUUUGGAGAGAAUAACAAAGUUAAUAGCCAGAUUAACAUGUACCUACUAUCCCGCAUCUUAUUCGGGGCUGCCCGGAUGGCUCGCGACAAGGGCUUGAUCCCGGACCCAAAAUUUGACGUCUUCCCCAUCUUUGCUGCCAUCGUGUGGGCAAUUGUCAUGUGGCAGUUCGAAACCCACCAGCCUGUACUGCAGCAAUCGCUUCAGAACUCCAUGACGUAUCUCUAUCAUGAUUCCAACGUGUGGCACAGUAUAUCUGACUUCUUGUGGAGAAAUAAACCUGGACAGAUAUGAUAAGAUGGGGCCCGGUUUCACAAAGCUCAGUGAUUAAACAUUUGUUUUAAUUUUACAACUGAUUCUACAUUGUGGUUAUUGCUAUCAAUGGUAAUGAUUUGUUCUGCAAUCAUUGCUAUGCUUUGUGUCACAUGUCUCAGUUUUGAUAUUAGCAAAUUUAUAUGGACCUUUCUAAAAUGUAUGUUGAAACUAAUGUACACGUAUGGGAGAUUUCUAAUGUAUGUAAGCAUAUAGGGACAAAUAUUUUGAGGGAGCUUGAUUUGGAUUACGACUCACUUUUUUAGAAAAAAUUGAAAUCAAUUGAAGUAAGGGAGCCAAAGGUUAACUGAUAUUCUAUUAUGACUUUGGCAUGUGAAAAUUGAAAUCAGCCAGAUAUUCAGACAUUUAUAUUGUAAUUAUGAUGCUGAGAAAUGUGAUACAAUUAAUUAUCUAAAAAAAGGAAUAUUUUUUGUGGGGAUGGGAGUGAAAAGUGUUGGGGCGUUUAGCCGAACCCCCACAAGUACUCUAUUCCAAUGUAUAUAUUGAAGUGUUAUAGGGAAAAUGAUUAAAGUUCAGGGAUGGCAACAAGGCAAUGGGGGCCAAUUGCCCCUUAUGAUUUUUAAUUAGCCCCCCCCCAAAAAAAAAAAAAAAAUAAUAAUACUAAUAAUUUAAUAAAAAGAAAGAAAUAGAAUAAACAAGAAAGAUGAGAUUUGAAGAGGGUGAGUAUGGUCAUAUGAACUCAGCCCCUCUCCCUAAUACUUCCAGGCUUGGGAAUGAUAAUCAGCUCUCCAUAUCAUAGUCUGAAUGCAACACAAAGAUACUUAUGCAUAUUAUUCUAUGUUUACUUGCAAUUGAGAGCAUGAAAAAAAAAUUAUUUGAAAAUGUUUGAAAUAAUCUUGAGGUCUAUCAGACCAGCUUGCCAAACAGUAUGUUCAAGUUAACUGUUGAACCAAAACUUUUAUUUCAAGCCUUUUAAAACAAUUUUGUAAGAAAUGAUUGCGAACCCCACCAGAAAAUGAACAUAUUUAAAGUGUUCAAGUUGUGCCAUGUUUUAGAUAUUUAAUUGUGAAGUCAGGUGAUAAAAUAUUUUGUUAAAAAUGUUCUCUGGGCUCAAAAAAUAUUAUAGUGUCAUUGUCUACAUUCAACUCUCAGCAUGAAUGGGUGCAUUUUGGUGGGGUUCACUAACUUUUGAGCACAACUGUAAGUAAAGUUUGACUGAACAAUGCAAAUUUGCAAUAAUUGUUCAUUGAAUGUGAAUUUCAAGUAAACUAAGUUUAUAAUUGUUAUUUUUACAUCUCAGGAAAAUUUGUAGGUAUAAGUUAUUUUUUAAUUGUCUUUAACCUUCCAUUGACCAGGGUUUGCCAAGAAAAUUAUUAGAACAGGGUAGGGGAGUCCAUGUAUUAAAAGUCAAUCUUUUCAUGGGAUGGAUAAGCUCUUUUAAGUCCAAAGAAAAUAUUCAGGGGGCACAAGGGUCAUAUGCCCCCUUUUUUGUACCCAAAUUUGUACAUGGUAAUUAUCCUACACCAAACUUUUCAGUUUUGAGAACCUUUUAAUAUGGAGCUCAUGAAACGAUUGCAUGUAUUGUCUGUUGAAUGAAAAUAUUUUUUAAAACUAAAAAGUUAAGGGAUGAGUAUUAUUGUAAUAUGAAACUUGUUUACCUUCUCUGUUUCUCCCUAUUUUUGUCUCUUUCUGCCCCCAGCCCUGCUCUCUUUCUCUCUCACUCUCACAGUGUAUCUGAUGUUGUUUCUCCCUUACCAUCAACUUUUUUUAAAAUAUUGUGAAAGGGUCUCUAUCUGUCUUCUCGCUCUUUCUUUCUCUCUCUCUCACUAUACCACUAUUCAUUUCUCAAACUUUGUAUUUUUUUUUAAAGACUGGUUCCCUUUUUCCUUUGUCACCAAUUUCUCCCUCUCUUUCCCCCUUCCCAUCCCUAUCUAAUCUUAUAUGACUUGUAUAUAAUUAAUAUGGAUUUUAUAUAAAAGAAAAUGUGUAACAUAUAUAUAUAUAUUUCUAUCACUGCUGCCUAAAUUAAACAUAUAAUGCAAAUUACAUGAAUAUUAA